AUGGCCAAAAUCACUUCACUGCUAUAUCUCGUCGCCAUAGUCAGCCUGGCUAGUGCGCUGACUGUCGUCGACAAGAGGGCAACUGGAGGGUACAUCCAGAACCCGUCUGGCAAUGCGUCGUUCACCCAUUACUCCGGAUGCAACAGGCCAGCUUGCGGAGUCUCCGCAACUGGGUUUACAGCUGCUGUCAGCCAGCUUGCCUUUGGAUCUGCGCCUGGGCUCGGCGCGGGUGACGCUUGUGGUCGGUGCUUCGCCAUUACGGCGACCCAGGAUCCCUUCAGCCCAAGUUUCCCUGGUCCGUUUAAGACUAUUGUAGUGAAAGUCACGGAUUUGUGUCCUGUUCAAGGAAACCAGGAGUGGUGCGGUCAGUCGCAAAGCAACAGCAACAAUCAGCACGGGCAGCCAGUCCACUUCGAUAUCUGCGAAGACACCGGAGGAUCAAAUGCUUUCUUCCCCAGCGGUCACGGUGCAUUGACCGGUUCAUUCACGGAAGUCUCCUGCUCGCAGUGGUCCGGCUCCAAUGGAUCCCCACAGUUUACCGGUGCAUGUCUGUCCGGUGAUACUGCGCCGAAUUGGCCUUCGACAGCUUGUGGAAACAAAGGAACUGCUCCUUGAAGUGAUCAAAUUUGUUCCAAGUCUGCGAGCCGAAUGUUUGGAACAUAUUGCUGUAUAUACAAUAUGUCCUAGAGUUCAAUCAGUAUAAACGGCUGGAUUGAGGAAAGUGAUAGAAUGGACGUUCGAUGCCGGUC